CAAACAGUAUUUCGUCAAUUAAACAACCCUUUUCUUCAAUCUUCAACUGAUUUCUCCAAUGGCUCCUAGUUUCGAUAACGAGAGCUCCCUUUUUAACUUUGCUGUUCGAGAUGGAAAUGACGUCAAAGGAAUAGUGGAUUCUGGCAUAUCAAAGGUGCCCCAGGCUUACAUUCAACCACCCGCUGAGCAAAUUGAUAAGAAAAAUGCAAGCAAAUGUGAGAUUCCACCGAUUGAUUUGUCGAAGCUCGAUGGCCCUGACCAUGAUGAACUUGUCAAUCAAAUUGUUAGAGCUGCUGAGACACUUGGAUUCUUCCAAGUUGUCAACCAUGGAGUUCCCAUACAACUACUCGACUCCCUUAAGCAAACUGCACAUAACUUCUUUAGCUUGCCCGCUGAGAGAAAGGCUGUUUAUCGCAAAGAGGUGAGCUCAUCACCAUUGGUGAAGUAUGGUACGAGUUUUGUGCCUGAGAAGGAGAGAGCAUUGGAAUGGAAAGACUAUGUUAGCAUGGCCUACGCAAAUGAUGCUGAAGCUCUUCAACAAUGGCCUAUUGAGUGCAGGUAA